AUGAUGAACCAGCUGGGUAGUCGUCGGCGUUUCUUGAAUCUUCUAGUCCGGAGCUCUAGAGAUGGCCUCUAUUCGCUGCGUCGGAUGGAUCCCUACAAGAAUCUCUUUUACGACUCCACAAAACAAGCAGAGGAAGCAGCAGCAGCAGCUUGUGCCGACGGCAAAAGGAAGAAGAAAUUUGACAAGACGAUUCGGCGACUGCCUGAUCCCGUCACCAGAUUCGGAUCGUCCACAAUCGGCGCGCUGCCUGACGGCCUGGAGUGGUUCGAGCUCUUGUCCCCACGAGUCAGCACCGAUGGUAGGAUCGUCAACUCCACAAAGGCCGGCGAGCUUGCCAUGUUCGACGCCGACAACAGCAUCUUCUACACCCUUCCGCCGCUCCACCAGCCCAAGGGGUUCGAACCAGUCGCCUUCUCCGUCACCCCCCCUGGAGGAGACGACGACAAGCAGCAGCACUUGCUCUACCUUCUCGACAGGUACCCCGGCCGUCUCGCCACCCGCCCUCGCAUGUCUCCUUCCUGCAACCACCCUCGCUCCUGUUUCGAGGUGGUCGAGCUCGGCUUCAAGGACUCACGAUCCAAAGGCGGCUGGCGGUCGCGCCUCCUUCCACCGCCUCCCUACGUCCACCAGCCUGGUUAUCAACCCUCCCUGAUUAAUUCCUACACCACUAUGGAGAAUACCGCCGACGGCUCCACCUCCAUCUGCGUAUCAUCACAGGGCUUUGGCACCUACUGCUUUGACACGGCGUGCCGAGACGACACCCACCAGCUUGGAUGGCGACCCUUGGAGGAAUGGAGGCACGUUGGAGACUGGACCCUCCCGUUCGACGGCAGGGGCGAGCACAUCCGCGAGCUCGAUAUCUGGCUGGGCUUCAAAUGGGACACUCCACCCUGCAGGCUCAACCACCUCUGCGCCGUCGACUUGUCUGCUGCCAUGGACCAGGGCCGACCGCCCGCAAUACAGCAUGUCUGGGGGGGUCUCUCCGGCAUGUCCGACCAAGAGGAACAGCAGCUCUUACCUAUGCAUCGCAGGGUUGUCAACCUGGGUGGUGGCAAGCUUUGCAUUGCCAAGGUGCUUGAUGACAUUGAAGGCAAGCGUUUCGCUGUGCUCACCGGCAUCGAGUUGCUCCGCGACCCCAACAAGAGCCUGCGGAUUGUCAAGCACAAGUGUGCCCGUUACACAUCCGUUAUGGAAAUGAUUCGCUGGGUGCUCUGA